GGCGAAGCGCCGGCGCGUAACCUGCCCAACCCGUCCAUUCACUGCGGCCCGACGCCGUUGUGGAACGCUCCCACCGUGAACUUACCCGGGGGCGAGGAGAUGAGGCGUAAGGCGGCGGCGGGUCGCGCCGCCAACGCGGACAAGGAGAACAAAGAGUCGGGUAAUUUCGCGCUGUGGAUGGAGCGAGGGGAGCGUGGGUACACGCGAACGCCCGGGGACCUUCGCGAGGUGUACACCGCGGGGGACAACGCGGUUGGCGAGCGGGGGAACAACCUGUACCGGAGGAGACACGUCGACCUGCUCGGCGGCGCCGCGUCCGCCGCGUCCGGGAUUGACGCUCGCGCGGACCGCUACAGGACGACAGCCUCCGAGGUGUCAGCCACCGCGGAGGAGGUGAGGUGGGAAGAGGAGAACUCGAGGGCGAGCGAGGGAAGCGGGCUCAGCGACAUGGCGUCCAUGCGCGACGCCAUCAAGUCCGCGUCACGCACCGCGUCGGAGAGGACGACGAGGUCCAGGUCCCACCUCAGCAGCCACGUUGGGAUCAUCUAGCUCGAGAGUGUCAGCGGCAAGGAGCUCUUGAUGUUAAACAACGCAGCCGCGACCUCGGUCGCGACUAGCACUAUGUUAUACACAGUAAGGGGCCUCAUGUAAGGCCAACGAAUCUAUCAGCUUGCGAAUCCGUCUUGUACACGUGCGCUCGGCGCUUCCCAGUCUGCACAUUUGCGCAAACUUGCUCGGGAGUUGUUCGGUUGUUAUCCAAUUACUCCUCCGGCGUGCCGCCGUACAUCUCCCAGGUGGGCUCCCAGAUGGCCUCGUAGUCCCCGCGCCUGACGAGGUGGUAGAUCCCCGCGGCGCUCUGCCACGUCGCAUUAACCACCGGCACCACGGUGUGCUUCGCGAUCCACUCGAAGAGGUGGCCAAAGUCCACGAGCGCCGCCUUGUAUUCGUCGUCCGGGUCCCACGGGGCGUUGCGGUGGGACGUGCCGUGACGCUCGUUCUUGUUGGUCUCCUGCAUGUCCCCGAGGCUCGCGAUGCGAUGCAUGGUGGCGAAGGACUGGGUUCGGAGAAGAGAAGGGAACGGGCGGCGUGAGGCACGUGUUAUCGACGUCCGAGGCUCGUGACAGAGCGGGGCUAUAAAUGUCACCCUCUGGAAGGGGGUUUUCUUCCGGGACCUCGGAUUACCCGAGGGAGAAGGGUUCGGGGCGCGCUCGGGACGCACCUGGGGUGGAUCUUAGGGCUGGUUGGAACACGCGCGAGCGAUCUGAGAGGGUUGGGUCGGCCUGGGAAGG